AGUUUCAUUGUGAUCCUUUCUAAAGCCAUAUAUGUUUUACCACCAUCUCAUGUAUGCCUCAAGUAGAAGAUUUCCCUGAAUUCUGAAUGUAGAUACAGCCAAAAAGGAAAAAAAUCUACAGAAUAUUGUUUUCCUGGGAUUAGCAUAGCCGGUUGCAUACUACCACUCACAGCUGUCUGUGCCUGUUCUCAACAUAGCCUAACAUACUCUUUUUCAAGGGCAAAGGAGACAUCUCAGAAGCAGUUAUGCCAGUUCUGACUCUGCCCAAGAAGACCUCUGAAACCCCAUAAAGAAGGCCAUACAGAUGUUUUGUGGUCUCUUAAACUAGCAGAGUUGGCAUAAAGGGGACACAAUAUACAUCUAUGAAUCCCUGCCUUUGGCUUUUGUUUAAGCUCUAUGAAAUGUACCCCCUGACCUGAUUAAUUCUGGAGAAGUAAAAACAGCUUUUUUUUUAGAAAGUCUCUGCUUUCUUUAGAAAAGGGAAUAGAGACAAGUUACCUGUGCUAUUUUCAAUUCUCUUUGGACUAUUCUGAAAAAGGAAAAGAAUGAGGAUUCUUCUUAGAAAUGAGAUCGGCUGCACAGUAGUAGAACCAAUUCUGGAUAACUCAUCCAGAUUUCCUCCUGGGUAGAAAAUACUGCCACACUAUCAUCCUUUUCCGAUAGAUGCAACAUGAUUUAUCCUUUCCCUGAUCACAGCUAGCUCUGCUCACUAUUAUGGAGUGGAGUUUGGCCAUUGUCUUACUUUCAACCAUAUCCUUUGAAAGAGAUCCAGUUCAUCAUUGCCCUACAACCUUUUUGAGCCAACAAGGCUGGGGCAAAAAGAAAAUUAAAGAUGGCAUUAGGGAGUACUAGAGCAACGUGAGAAGAGAACGUUUAGUCUUUGUUUAGUCCUCUGACGGAAAACGAAACAGGAAAGAUUAUUCAAAUGGCACACUACAGAACAGUUCAUAAGAAAAUGGAAUAAGCCAGAAAGUCCCCAGGAGCUCUUCAUUCAGCAGGCGCCAUCGUUGCCCUCAUAAAUCCACAAGGAUUUAUGAUACUGGAGGACAACCUUUCCUCAUGUCGGAAUAUGUUGAAAAAUAUCAUCAGUAUGGCAAUGUCCCUCCGCCCCAGAGUCUUAAGCCAAAGGACGUGUACCAAGCACAUCAUGGAAGAAUGGAAGGAAUCACAACAUUUAAGUCUGAUUAUCUCCCAUAUGAUGUUGUAAGUCGACCUCUUCGGUUACAGGAAGAGUAUAAACCAAAAUUUGGAGAGAUGGAUCUUGGAACAACAUACAGAAGAGAUUUUAAUCUUCAUAAAUUACAACCAGUGACAUUAGUAAGACCUUUAGAAAGAAAACUUAUUAAAGGAGGAAAAUUCGACACUAUACCAACCUAUCGAGAUGACUAUAGAUUAUGGGAAGUUCAAAGAAGGGAGCCAUAUAAAUUGGAAUACAUGUAUCAUCCCCCUACUGAAAAAUUUGGGAAUUCUACUACAUUUCAAGAUGACUUUGUUCCUAGGGAGCUGAACCCCAGACAAAGCUUUAAGCCUCCAGGUGUGGCCAAGCUUUCAGAUGUACCUUUUGACAGUGUUACUAGUCAUCGCAGUUCUUACAUUGCUCAUCAACUGGAACCAAAAUUUGUCAGACCAAAGGAAGAAUACAAGCCAAGCAGCCAACCCUUUCAAGAUCUCACAACCCACCGGAAUGAUUUUAAGGGGCUACUUGGAGAGUUUACAAAAAGCUACAAGCCUGAAUACACUAAAAUUGGGUCUAAUGCUCACUUUGAUGGAAGCACUGAAUUCCGGGAUUGUUUUCAACCAUGGCCAGUCUUCUUGCCUGAGGCUCGCAAAAUAAGAGAUUACGUUCCACCUCCAGGUAACAUGGAUCUAAACUCCACAAGCCAUCUUGAUUAUGUUCCUCACAUGAUCUGUCCUGUUGCCCCCAUAAGACCAGUUUCUUAUGGAAGAAGUAGUAAUGCCCCUUUUCAGGGAAACACCACAAUGAAAGAAGACUUCCAAGCUUGGGACAGCUGUCGUCAAGACAUUAUUAGAAGACAUCAGGAAAUUCCAAAACCAGUUGGAAAAUUUGAUGGAUUGACCACAUUCAAGUCUCAUUAUAUACCACAUGAGAUAAUUCCAGUUCAGAGUUUCAGACCUCUACGUGUUGUAGUCCCUACUUCAGCUCGUUUUGAAGAUGAAACCAUGUAUCGUACAGAUUAUACUCCAAAAGCACAAGAGAUCUGCCCAGCAAACUAUCCAUCUCCUCCAGGAUAUGUCUUUGUAAACACUGAUUCUCGUGGUCACAAAUUCUUCCGCAGAUUUACUCCAGAAAUUAAUCCAUUUUCCCACCCAAAUGGUAAUCAUAUGCCAAAAGAAGUAGCUGUUGCUUCAUAACUUUUAAUUUUAGUAGUUUGUACAUUUAAUUUUUUUUUAGAAUCCUAUACAGGCAGUCCCCGACUUACGUCGGAUCCGCACUUACGAACGGGGCUUUCUCGCCCCGGAAGUCGGGGCGAGAAAGCC